CUUCGGUAUUCAACCAGCCAUAUUUCAUUUAUUGCUUGCGAAACUACUAUGCUCUCAAUUAAUUCGAGUGGAUGAACUGGUCAUAGAAUUCUCAUUCAGCUUAUUCAAUCUCAAUUGGAAAAAGUAGACUUGUUUUGCUGGGAUCACGCGGGAUAGUAUUAAAGGAAGAGAUAAGAGACAGGAAGAUGGUCACCAUUGUUUUAGGCGCGCAGUUUGGUGAUGAGGGCAAAGGAAAAAUCACAGAUCUUCUCUCUCAAUCUGCUACACUUUGUUGUCGAGCAGCUGGUGGACACAAUGCGGGCCACACAAUCGUUCAUGAUAAUAUAACCUAUGACUUCCACAUCCUUCCCUCCGGCCUCAUCGCCCCCGACUGUGUCAACCUCAUUGGUACCGGAACCGUCGUGCACCUUCCCAGUUUCUUCAAGGAGCUAGAUGCGCUCAAAGCCAAGGGCCUCAAGGACGCCCAUGAGCGAAUAUUCAUCAGCGAUCGGGCGCAGGUCUGCUUCGACCUGCAUUCUGUUGUCGAUGGGCUGGAAGAGGCGAGUUUGGCAGGGAAGAAGGUCGGGACUACGGGGAAAGGGAUUGGGCCUUGCUAUAGCGAUAAGGCGGCCAGAAGAGGGGUGAGGAUCGGAGAGGUUCUGGAGGAGGGCGUGGUGGAGGACAAUCUACGGAAACUGGAAGCGGGAUACCGAGCGCGGUUUGGAGAGCUGAAUUACGACCUUGAAGAGGAGAUUGGGAGGUUCAAUGAAUACCGCACAAAACUCCAACCCUACGUCGUCGAUCAAAUGACCUUUUUGGCAAAAUACCGCUCCUCCCCUUCCAUCCUAGUCGAGGGCGCAAACGCCCUCAUGCUCGACAUCGACCAUGGCACCUACCCCUACGUAACCUCCUCCUGCACCGGCGUCGGGGGCGCCAUCCAGGGCCUAACCCUCAACCCAACCUCCAUAAGAUCCAUCAUCGGCGUCGUGAAAGCCUACAGCACCCGCGUAGGAUCCGGCCCCUUCCCUACGGAACAGAACAACGCCAUCGGCGAAAAGAUGCAGACGAUCGGGCGUGAAUUCGGCGUCACAACCGGUCGACGACGUCGCUGCGGCUGGCUCGACAUGGUCAUGUGUCGCUACAGUAAUUCGAUCAACCACUACACCUCCAUCAACUUAACCAAGCUGGAUAUCUUGGAUGACUUCGAUGAGAUCAAGGUGGCGGUCGCGUAUAAGCUGGAUGGGAAGCGGUUGGAGUCGUUCCCUGCGCUGCCUGGUGUUCUGGAUAAGGUUGAGGCGGAGUAUGUGACCUUCCCCGGGUGGAAAUCGACUACGAUGGGCAUUACGAGGUGGGAGGAUCUGCCGGCGAAUGCGCAGCGUUAUAUCCAGUUCAUCGAGCGGGAGAUGGGCGGUGUGCCAAUUAAGUGGAUUGGAACUGGUCCGGCGAGGACGCAUAUGAUUGAACGUGAGGUAUAAAUCACAUACCUCUGUAUAAUACUUACAUGCGUGUACCAUUCCUAGGAUUUUUUACUCCAGUUUCCUGCUCCGUGCUUUUUUUCUUUUCUUUUUUUUUUUUUUUUUUUUCUGUUACAUCUCCUUUGUUCGUUAUUAUGAGCUCAUUUUGAUGGGUAUUGCAAAUGUUUCAUACUCUUAUCCAUAUAGAUAGAUGAUCUUGUUUUUUCUUUACUUUCCUCCGAGUGCUUUUGUUUUUCUUCAGUAUAUUUAUUUAUUCCUUUUCAAUUUUCUGUUCUGAUUAUGACAACAUUUCUCGAAUGCGUGGCGUCGAAAAUUUCUCCCCCACCUUUCCUUUUUACAUUAGUUUAUACGGAGAACUUAUUUUCCCUUUGUUUUCCUUUCUUUCUGUUGUCACCUCCGGAAGCCCUUCCACAUCUUGCUGUAUAGAGAAAUGACUCGGAGCAACUAUAGGGUCUUUGAGUAGAUCUUGAAAAGCAGGGGAAGGAAUCACCAUGCUG